UUGAUCAGCUGUGUCCAAUCACAGCUGUUCACAUGUAAACAGGGAAAUGCCGGUUACUGGCAUUUCUCUCCCCACGAGCUGUCACACUGCCAGAGGAGAGCCGCCCCAGCAGCAUCACCUGUCAGUGUCCAUCAGUGGCAGCUCUCAGUGCUCAUCCAUGCCACCUGCCAGUGCCCAUCAGUGCCACAUCAAUGCCACAUAUCAGUGCCCAUCUGAGCUGCCUUUCAGCAUCACCCAUCAGUGCCAGUCAGGGCCACCUAUCAGUGCCAGUCAGUGCCACCUAUCAGUGCCAGUCAGUGCCGCCUAUCAGUGCCCGUCAGUGCUGCCUAUCUAUCACUGCUGCCUAACAGUGCCAGUCAUUGCCACCUAACAGUGCCAGUCAGUGACACCUAUCAGUGCCACCUAUCAGUGCAGCCUAUCAGUGCCAUAUAUGAGUGCUGCCUUUCAGUGCCCAUCAAUG